AUCAUCGUGUGAUGGAUUGAAUUUUAUUUUGGAUAUUUUUCAGUUAUUCGCUGGCUUUCAUGAGAUUAUUAUUUUUGAAUCUGGAUUGAAAAUUCUGGAUAUUUAAAAUGGGCUCUUUAUGUUGUUGUGGUCCUCGAUCUUCUAGUUCCCAAUCAUUGGAUGAGAAUAGCCAUUUGAGCGUUGGAAACAUUAACGAAGAAGAACGACGUCGUCGUGCGGCUGAAGCUGCCGAAAAACGCCUACAACAACAACAAAUGCGUGGUGUUCAAUCCGGUACAGCCGAUUCGGUACCGUUAAGAGUGGCGCAUAGCGAAAUACCCGGAAAUAUGAAUUCAAAUUUACGAUGGCAAAUGUCAUAAUCUUUUAAUCAUAAUAUAAUGUGAUCACUGAAUAUUGAACUAACAAUUGCAUUUUGACCGUAUUCCUACCAUGUGUAUAUCAUAUUCUUCUAUCUGCAAUAAUAUUUGUUAAUUUUUUUAAACGUAUACAAAAAAAUGUUUUUUAUU